GUUAUGGGAACAGAAUUCCCAUCCAAGCUGUGCUUUGAUGCCUGCCCUCCUUACUGCUCUGUAUCUCAUCCCUCCUCCCUCUCUCGCUCGCUCUCUCUCGCUCUCUCUCUCUCGCUUGCUCUCUCUAUAGCUCUGUAACUUUGCUUGUUCUGCACAUAGCCUCGAUAUGUCUUUCUGGUGGAUUUAUCCAGUCUUGGUCACUCUUUGCACCCUUUUCUAUUCCCAGGCUUUGAGGACAUACCCAUCCAAUGAAGUCAUGAAGUCUGAUGCACUGCACCCCUGUGUUCUUACAUCAUGUACAGUGACCUUGCUUGAUUCUAUGUCUGCCCUGGGAGACCUAGGAUGGGUGGCAUAUCCACCAGAAGGGUGGGAAGAGAUCAGCGUAAUGGAUGAAAGAAACAACCCAAUGAGAACCUACCAGGUUUGCAACGUCCUAGAGAUCAACCAAAAUAACUGGCUGAGAACCAGCUGGAUCCCUAGAGGAAGCGCUCAACGUGUCUAUAUAGAAAUCAAGUUCACCCUAAGAGACUGUAACAGCUUACCUGGAGUAUCGGGCACCUGCAAAGAAACCUUCAACAUGUACUACUAUGAGUCCAACUAUAGCAAUCUUCGACACAUCCAGGAGAACCAAUUUAUUAAAAUAGACACUAUUGCGGCAGAUGAGAGUUUCACCCAAGUGGAUGUUGGAGACAGAGUCAUGAAGCUUAAUACAGAGGUCAGAGACAUAAGUAACUUGUACAAGAAGGGGUUCUACUUAGCUUUCCAAGAUGUUGGAGCCUGUAUUGCCCUGGUGUCAGUCAGGGUCUUCUAUAAAAAAUGUUCGUCUACCAUCCGUAAUCUGGCCCUGUUUCCCGACACGGUAACUGGAGGAGACUCAGCUUUGGUGGAGGUUAAAGGAUCAUGUGUGAAUAACUCAGUGGAGUUUGAUGCUCCCAAGAUGUACUGCAGCGCUGAUGGAGGGUGGCUGGUGCCCAUCGGACGGUGUUUUUGUAAACUGGGUUAUGAAGAGAAGAAGAAUGGAUGUCAACCCUGCCUACCGGGGUAUUACAAGGCUUUGCUGACAGAUGCCCAUUGUAUGCCGUGCCCGGCCCACAGCUUCUCCCUGCAGGACAGCUCCGCCGAGUGCACGUGUGACAAAGGCUUCUACAGGCCCGAGACGGACCCCAAGUCUGCAGCUUGUUCACGUCCACCAUCUGCUCCAAAUAAUCCGAUAUUGACUGUCAACGAGACCUCGGUGAUUCUGGAGUGGAGCCCCCCAGAGGAUUCAGGAGGCCGAAAGGAUGUCACGUAUAACAUUCACUGCAGAAGGUGCCAACUACAAGGCCAGAAGUGUAGCCCAUGUGGAAGCGGCAUCCAUUAUAUACCCAGACAGUUUGGUUUGUCCCACCCUCGUGUGCUCAUCACCGAUCUGCUGCCUUACACCAAUUAUACGUUCGAUAUCGAGGCUUUGAAUGGAGUCUCCGAGCUGAGCUCUGGACCUAAGCAAUUUAUUUCCAUCAAUAUUACCACAGCUCAAGUAGUAAAUGUGAUCCUGAAGGAACGAAAGAGCAGAGACAGCGUCACUUUGGCUUUUCAAGGACCAGAAAAGACUAAUGAUGCAGUGGUGGAAUAUGAGGUCAUCUACUAUGAGAAGAAUCAGAAGGAGCAAAAUUACACAAUAUUGAAAACAAAGUCUACUUUUAUGACUGUGGACGGCCUCAAACCGGGAACCACUUACGUCUUCAGAGUCCGAGCCCACACAGUGGGUGGAAAAGGCAUUUAUGGGGGAGAAAUAGAAUUGGAAACAAGUACAGAAGAUAUGAUCGCCAUAACCGAUCCUAACCAGAUUACUAUUUUGGCAAUCUCUGUGGCCGGCGGGAUCAUCCUGCUCAUUUUCCUUGUGACCUGUUUCUUUGUCAGUGGAAGGCACUGUGGUUAUAUCAAAGCAAAGCAAGACCCAGAUGAAGACAAGAUGCACUUCCAACAUGGAAGAGUGAAGCUGCCUGGGAGUAGAACCUAUAUCCACCCACACACAUAUGAGGAUCCCAACCAGGCCGUACGGGACUUUGCUAAAGAGAUUGAUGUCUCCAAUAUCCGUAUAGAGCGGGUGAUAGGUGCAGGGGAGUUUGGAGAAGUGUGCAGCGGGCGCCUCAAGCUACCCAGUAAAAGAGAAAUCUGUGUCGCCAUCAAGAGUCUAAAGGUUGGAUAUGCCGAGAAGCAGAGGAGGGACUUUUUAGGAGAAGCCAGUAUCAUGGGCCAGUUUGACCAUCCGAACAUAAUAAGACUGGAAGGAGUAGUCACCAAGUGCAAACCGGUCAUGAUAAUCACAGAGUAUAUGGAAAAUGGCUCCUUGGAUUCCUUUUUAAAGAAACAUGAUGGCCAGUUCACAGUGAUACAGCUGGUAGGGAUGCUGCGAGGCAUUGCUUCUGGGAUGAAAUACUUAUCGGACAUGAACUACGUCCACAGAGACCUGGCUGCCAGAAAUAUCUUGGUCAACAGCAAUUUAGUUUGCAAAGUCUCCGAUUUUGGUCUCUCUCGAGUCCUUGAGGACGACCCUGAAGCCGCUUAUACUACAAGGGGAGGUAAAAUUCCGAUCCGGUGGACAGCACCAGAAGCUAUUGCCUAUCGGAAGUUCACAUCAGCGAGUGAUGUAUGGAGUUAUGGCAUAGUCAUGUGGGAAGUCAACUCCUACGGAGAGAGGCCAUAUUGGGAGAUGUCCAACCAAGAUGUCAUUAAAGCAAUAGAUGAAGGGUACCGCCUGCCUCCCCCCAUGGACUGCCCUGUGGUCUUACAUCAGCUCAUGCUGGAUUGCUGGCAAAAGUGUAGAAGUGACCGACCCAAGUUUGGUCAAAUUGUUAACAUUCUAGAUAAAUUCAUCCGCACGCCGAGCACCUUGAAUGAACUCGCUAAUACCUCUACAUGGCAAGACCCAAACAUGCAAGAAGCAUUUACAGUGACGAGUGUGGAGGAAUGGCUGGAGGCUAUCAAGAUGAGUCAGUAUAUGGAACACUUCACAAUGGCGGGAUAUGUCACCCUAGAUUCUGUGUUGUACCUAAGCAACAGUGAACUGAACAAAAUGGGCAUCACACUAGCCGGCCAUCAGAAAAAAAUCCUAUCCAGCAUACAAAAUCUUCAGGCACUAGGAACACAUGUGCAAAUCUAACAGCCUCCCCCCUGGUGUUUACCACACCCUCUACAGGGAUGUACCGUGCACUACCAGAAGCAGUAUAAUCCAAGCUGCCGACGUCGACAACUCCCGAUAACACAACUACUGCAGGAAAACGAUACUGAAUUCCCAAAGUAUAUAAGAUGGGAUAAACGUCUGGAUUUCGGACUACGGUGCCUUCGGAUAGGUAUUUGGAAACGAGAAAAUAUCUACGAAAACUCCAAGCAACUUAACACAGUGUCAAAUUAAAAAAGAAAAAAAACUUUUAGGCUGAGUGAUUGUUGAUGGUUGAAUAUAGUGGAAAUUGUCUGUGUAAAAGGCGGUGGUAGUUUCAAGUGAUGAUACUUUCGAUGUUAAGGAGAAUCAUAAUGGACUGGUAAGGAUAGGGUCUUAAUUUGCCCCACGAGGGUGACAAAGAAUGGAUCCAAUCUAUGUGGAGCACAGUAGAGUGUGAUGCUACAUGCAGACAUUGUUGAGGGUGGUAUACCUUAUAGGUCGUAAUUCAACAUGGCAGAUGACAGAACUGGACCUCUGGACCAUCACUUCUUCCAUUACUAUUCUAAUAUGUAGCCAGGUAAUUUAACCUCUCUGUCAAAAUGCUUUAGAAGGCAUCUACCUUGGCUUCAUUCUCAAGUCAUAGAGCAGUGGUCUUCAAAGUGUUGACCUCCAUAUGUUGCAAAACUACAACUUGCAGCAAGACUGGACAGCCAUUGGCUGCCGGGCAUGCUGCGAGUUGUAGUUUUGCGACAUCUAAAGUCCACACUUUCAAGACCACUGUCUUAGAGUCUGUCAUUUCCCAGGUUCGUAGUCAUCAUAUGACUGCUCCAUCACAUUGCAUUGUCAACAAACCUCAAUAAAUCCCUAUGAAGCAUUUGUAUUGCAUUGAUAGUCCUCCCUUUCAAUAGUAUGUGAAUGGAGGUCAUCUUAUUUAAUACAUUUGUGUAGGGUUGCAUUUAUCGAGCUCAAGGAUAUCUAUGAAUCCUUUGCAAUCCAUUAUCUAAGUUUAAUGCUUAAGCGUUUCCAUUUGCGACCCACAUGCAUAGAUGUGGAAUUCAAUAUAUUUCACGCAUUUGUAUCUACGCAAGCUAAACUCCUGUCAUAAAAAGAGAACAUGUCUUAUUUUAACAAUCAUAGAAAAAAAAACGUCAUCUAUAAACCAAUGAAAUGUCUGCAGCAACCUAAUGCUGCUCAUGACUCCAUCCUGUUCGUGGACAUUUUAUUCUGAUUUGUACAUAGAUGUAGAGGAAGUCUGUAAAGCUGAUACAUUGUAGCACAACUCUUCUUCGUUGGGUGUGUACACAAUGUUGUGUUCAUUAUGUGUGCCAUACAUACGCGUCAUGCCCAUCAUGGAAGCGUACAUCACCAGGAACAGCCUGUCCACACCUGAAUGCAGCAGAUUUGGAUCUGUGCCUAGCUUCUGCCUCCUCCCCCCACCCCAUCGAGGAACCUGGAGCUAGAACAUUCACCUGGUACUGAAAGAAACAGCUUGUAAAAAAACACACGACUGUACCAAUGUGGGAUGUUUUAUAUAUAUAAAUCUCUAUAUAUUGUACAUAUGUAUAUAGAUUUCUUUUGAAUGUUAAUAAAAGGACAAUAA